UAAAAACUAAGAAGGCAAUUUUUGCUGCAUAUAGUGAAGAAUAGAAAAAAGAAUUCCUUGUGUUUUUUCACUCUGAAACCAGCAACUAUAGCACGACGACCCACGCAGCUUCUGGUCCGUGAACCCCCAACACCAACUACCAAAAAAUACCCAAUAACGAACCCUAAUUGUCUGAUCUCAUCUCUCUCUCUCUCGCUCUCUCUAAAACUCGCAUCAAUUUAUUUAUCUGUAUAAAAAAUCGAACAAAAAAUUCUCUUUCCCAGUCUCUGCCCCAUUCAUUUUCAAAUUGCCAUCUGUGUCCUCCACCGAAACCAGCUCACGCGUAUUUUAUUUUCUGUGUUUAGCUUCUCCAAGAGCAAGUGGAUCAAGUUUCGAUUUUGAGCUCGAUUUCCGGUAUUUCAAAAAGUGGAUGGUUUGAGGAAUUGUUGGAGGGUUAUAUAUAAUAAUGGUUAGCAGUGAUAUGGAUAAAACUGGGAAGGAAAAGGAGGCCAAGCCACCAUCUGCUGCUCCUACACAGGAGCAGCCUUCAACUGCUAGUGCUACAACUGUAAAUCCGGACUGGUCUGGGUUUCAGGCAUAUUCUCCCAUACCUCCACCUGGGUUCUUGGCAUCAAGUCCCCAAGCUCACCCAUAUAUGUGGGGGGUUCAGCACAUCAUGCCUCCCUAUGGUACCCCACCACAUCCAUAUGUUGCAAUGUAUCCGCAUGGUGUAUAUGCUCAUCCAUCCAUUCCUCCGGGUUCUUAUCCUUUUAGUCCUUUUGCAAUGCCUUCUCCAAAUGGUAUUGCUGAGGUUUCUAGAAACACUCCUGGCAGCAUGGAAGCAGAUGGUAGGCCAUCUGAUGCUAAGGAAAAACUGCCUAUUAAAAGAUCGAAAGGAAGUUUGGGCAGUUUAAACAUGAUAACUGGGAAGAACAAUGAGCACGGUAAAACAACAGUAGUGUCUGCCAACGGAGCUUAUUCUAAGAGUGCUGAGAGUGGUAGUGAAGGCUCAAGUGAAGGAAGUGAUGCAAAUUCUCAGAGUGACUCACAAAUGAAGUCAGGUGGCAGGCAAGAUUCUCUGGAAGACUCGUCUCAGAAUGGUGGUUCAGCACAUGGUGCUCAGAAUGGAGGACAGGGUGCAUCUAAUACGAUCAUGAAUCAACCGAUGGCUGUCAUGCCAAUAUCUGCUGCCAGCCCUCCAGGAGCUAUAACUGGCCCCACAACCAACUUAAAUAUUGGAAUGGACUACUGGGGAGCCCCUGCUUCAUCUACUGUUCCUGCAAUUCGUGGGAAAGUUCCUUCUACUCCAGUUGCUGGAGGGAUAGUUUCUACUGGAUCACGGGAUGGUGUUCAAUCACAGAUUUGGUUACAGGAUGAAAGAGAGCUUAAGAGACAGAGAAGGAAGCAGUCAAACAGAGAAUCCGCUCGCCGGUCCAGGUUGCGUAAACAGGCUGAAUGUGAUGAACUGGCCCAACGUGCUGAAGCCUUAAAAGAAGAAAAUGCCAAUCUUAGAUCAGAAGUAAACCAAAUCAAGAGCGAGUAUGAGCAACUUCUUGCAGAGAACGCCUCUCUCAAGGAGAGGCUCGGGGAAGUUUCUGGACAGGAAGAUUUUAGGGCUGGCAGGAAUGACCAACAUAUGAGCAAUGAUACACAACAGACUGGACAAACAUAGCUUCUUCAGGUUGGUCUCUAGGAUCUAGGUACCCUGUUUUUACGAGACUUUCGAGGAGCAUAACCUAACCAAUUAGCAACAGGAGUUUCUUCAUAUUUUGCAUAGCUUGUAGUUUGGAUUCUAUCAAAGCUGACCGUUAUAGUUCUAGGAUUCGUUCAUCUCAUAUCAUCCUAAAAUUCUUAUUGGGUCCAUCUGUAACUGUUAGAGACCUAGGAUGGUAUGCCGAGUGAAAUUUGUGUUAUACCCUGUUUUAAGAGGGCAGUAUCCACACUUUUUUUGCUUUAUCUGUAUUAAAAAAAUCUGAUUGAGGAUGGUAUUAAUUUGUUAAACUGAACUAUAUGCUGUAUUCCAUAUAAAUCCCUGAAUAUAGUACCCUGGAUCUUAUGUUUU